GGCAACUUCAGCUGCCUUUGAGGAUGGUCGUGCUCAACCUGCGACCUCUUGACACUGACAGGGCCUUCAUCAAUUUGCGCGUGCUGUGGCUCUAGGUCGUAAAGCCUGCGACAUAGGAUCAGACUGAAUGAAGGCUAUUCAUCAGUUCAUGGCCAUUCCCAGUAAUUCGAACCACCAGCCUGCCUGGCUUUUCAUUUCCGCCUCCUACGGUCACGGACUCCCUCCUCGUUACCUGAGAGCAGAUUUCUCGCCGCAGUAUUCACGGACACCUUUCCUCCGUAGUCUUAGCCGACUCGCCACCGCAAUUGCGGUUGUAUUGUUACGGCUCGCCUGCGCAUUGUCUGCGCACGUUGCCAUUGUCCGCCUCCUGGCCACCUCCCUCAUAUCCCGCCGCCACCGCCCUCGGAGCUCAGCCUGCCGAUCUCGUCAUGCCAUACAUACCUUCGCGGACUCACCUUCCACCCUUCUCGUACGCGGCUCCGCCCCUUCUCCUUCCUGCGGCGCUUAGCGGGGAUCGUCGUCCCGGUUCAAGGGAAGUCGUACUCUGGUUCGAUGGAAGAGCUGGUUUAUUACGAGACGAUCUAAUUGUGUUCAAUUAUACUCUGCUUAGGCGCUUAACGAGACUUCCAGCGCUUCCAGGGAUUUGUGAGCGCCUCCUUUGAAGCGCUCGAGCUAACUCCUACCCGAGGCCCUCGGCCGCGCGCGACAAUCACACUCGGCCGAGGGACCGGGCUGCAGUGCUAGGCGAGAG